AUGAAUGUCAACAUCUCUCCAGUCAAUCCUGUCACUUUGAAAGACGAGCUUGAAAAGGUCAAAGCGUCAGUUCAAGAGCUCAAGACUGUUGCAUUCACGAGUAAUGAUUCUUUGAACAAGAAGCUGAAUGAUCACAUAGAGCGCACUACGCGUCAGAUCACCCAGUUGAACUCCGUCGUGGAGAUUUUGUUGAAGGAGAACCAGGAAUUGAAGGGUAUCCUUUCAAACCAGAGAUUCGUCAUUCAGCCUAUCAACCCUUUCCAACAGGGUUCUCAGGUAACCCAAUCUCAUCAGAACCAACUGGCUAGUGCUUCACAAAAUGCUUUAAACUUGCAGCUAGGUGAUAACUUCCUACCAACAAAUGGACUUUCCUCCACGUCAGGUCAUAGUGAGGUGAGAUCGCAGCACACUUCUGAGCAGAACCAGCAAGUACAAUCGCAGUCUCAGCAACAACAACAGAAUCAGCAGGCGCUUCAGACUCAGCAACAGCAACAAGCUCAAAAACAACAACAAACCCAGCGAGCUCAACAGGCUCAGCAAAGUCAACAGUCUCAACAACAGCAGACACAACAGCAGCAGCAGACAUCGCAAUCCCAACAGAGAGGCUCCGCACUGCAAAAUCAUCAGGGAUCGACACAGGGACAACAACCACCUCAACAUCACCAUCAAUCUACAAAUGGUGUGUUGGAUAAUGCCCUCGGUGAGGCCUCGACGAACAGUGGCAUGUUGAGAUUCAUCAACAACCAAUACGUUGAUGAGGAGCAUAACUUGAACACCCAAUCACAAGCCUCGAAUAAUCCAAACUCAAGAAUCGACUUUGUAUUUAUGGAUCCAAGUGCUAACAGAUCAAGACAUUACAGAUCAGGCUCAACUAAUUUCCAUGAUGCCGACCAGGAUGACGAGAACUCUCCAAUCACCCACCUGACUCCUCCACAGGGUAGCAGACUACAAAAAUCUAACACAAGACAAGGUGAGUUCAGUGCUGAAAAUUACGAUUUGAUCAUACACAACGAUUUCAACAAAGUUGAGGACAUAUAUUAUGAGUAUUAUAACUCUUUGAAACCCCAAGUUGAAAGGGUCCAAAAGGCCUACAAGAUUAAAAAGAUUAGAAAAUAUCAAAAAAUCAAGGCAUUGGCUGUCAGAAUCGAUAGGUAUAAAGAGAUCAAGGGUUGCUCACUUGAGGACAGUUUCAGAUUCUUCGACAAUUUACGACUUGCAGAUGAUAACAGCAAGAGAUCAAUCGCUUGGUUAUAUAACACACUUCCUGAUAUUCUGAAGAGAAUUGGCCUCGAAGAACAACUAAAGAAAAAUCCUGGUACCUGA